AUGGCCACAUACCAGCAACCUUUCAACGAGUUCUCUACGGUAACCGGAGGAGGGUUUGAUUCGCAGGCGUCAGCCGGGCGGCCCGGGUCCACAGGCGGCCAGUCAACCGCGACUCUGACCCCGGUGACAAUCAAACAGAUACUAGAAGCCAAGCAACAGGUGCAGGAUGGCCCAUACGUGGUGCACAGCAUGGAGCUGCACAAUAUAUGCUUUGUGGGCGUGGUGCGUAAUGUGGUGGACAACACCGCCAAUGUCAACGUGACAGUGGAGGACGGCACAGGGCAGAUAGAGUUUCGGCAGUGGAGCAACGACCAGAAGGACAUGGAGCGCGCGAGCCAGGGCGAGACGGCCGAGUACAAUUCGGAAUUGUCGCAGCAGUUCCAGAUCGGCAACUAUGUCAAGGUUUUUGCCACAUUGCGCGAGUUCGGAGGGAAGAUGAACAUCCAGUACGCGCUGGUCAAGCCUGUCGAGAACUUCAAUGAGGUGCUGGCACACCACCUCGCCGCCAUCAAGUGCUACGCGCUCGCAAACGGCCGCCUGGCGCCGCCUGCUGCUCCGUUUAACGCCGCGGCCGGCGCCCAGGGCGGCCAGAGUCUCUUUGUGCAGGACAACGACUACAGCAGCGCCAAGCCUGCUACUCAGAGAAUCCUGGACUUCUGCCGCGACCAAUGCAAAGACAAGGAUGCAAACACCUUCUCUGUGCACACAAAGUUCAUUGCCCAGUCGCUGAGCAUGCUGGAGGACGACGUCCGCAUGCACUGUCAGACCCUCACAGAACAGGGCUUCAUUUAUCCAACUUUUGACGAAAAUAGUUACUUCACGUUAUAA